CAUUUAUUGCAUUUUGCAUAGCUAUUUAUAUGAGAAAAAAUUGCAAGCCGGCAGUGAAACCUUCCGCCGCCGCUGCUGUAGCAAUGGCAACCAGUAGGAAAUUGAGAGCAUUCAAGAAUUGGAUGAAGUCGCAACAUGUAGAGUGUAGCGACGCGCUGGACGUGGUAGUGACGACGAACUCUUCGGCGGUAUCCGUAAGAGCCUUGUGCGAUCUCAAUGUUGGCGAUUUAGUGGCGACUAUUCCCAAGGAGAGUUGCUUGACGGUAAAGACUUCAGGUGCGCGGCAAAUGAUAGAGGAAUCGGAGCUUGAAGGCAUCUUAGCUCUAGCAGUUGUCAUCAUGUAUGAGCGAAGCCUUGGUCCGCUAUCUCCUUGGUUUGGUUAUCUCCAGUUGAUCCCUUAUUCUGAACCUAUCCCUUUGUUGUGGUCCCUAUCUCAAAUCGACUCUCUUCUCGCCGGAACUGAGCUUCACAAGAUAGUUAAAGACGACAAGGCACUUAUCUACGAGGACUGGAAAGAGUGUAUUGAGCCUCUCUUAACUUCAGUUUCUUUACAGCUUAAAGCAGAACAUUUUGGUGUUAAGGAGUAUCUUGCUGCAAAAAGUCUAAUUGCGUCGCGGUCUUUUGAAAUAGAUGAUUACCAUGGAUGCGGAAUGGUUCCCUUGGCAGAUCUGUAUAUGUGUUGCUUGAACUACUGAACUGGUGGAAAUAUUAAGUGGACUACCACAGUGUUAUUAAAAGCGAAAAGCGUAAAAAAGCUCUAAGGUCAGUGGGGGCUUUAAGCGCAAAGCGCAAAUAAAGCGUGGGCUUUAAUGAAUAACUUUGGGAUGCUUAUGAUAUGGUUUGUAGUUUCUAUUUUCAAGACUAUAUUGUAAAAAAGGCUAUGACCCUAAGAUUGUAUUCAAUUGUAUUAGAUGGUGAUUGAGACAAGGUCUAGACUCUUAUACUUCUUUUAUGAAAGAGACUUCUAUUG